CUUUAUUACAACCCCCACCUCUUCAUCUCAUAAAUAUGGAGUGACACAAAAGGUAGCCAUCAGAAUCAUGAGCCACAUGAGUGCCAAAGAAUUUCUCGCAAAGGCCAAAAGCGGGGAGAUACCGGUUGACAGCCACGAUCGAGUAUUGCGAAUAGCAUUUAUCUAUAUGGAUGAAGGCUUGUGGGGAACCUGGGAUGUGGAACGACGCAUGGUGCGUGACAAUGGAGUGUUCAGUGUUGUCGAACAACUCCACGAGCGCGGUUGGUCUUUUGGCCAGGGAGAUUUGAAAUUCAAUCGCACCCUGGAUAUAUUCUACCUAGCCCAGAUAGCAGCCGGCACCUACCGCUCCAUUGACCAACUGCACCUCGAGGACAGCUUUCCCAAACCAGACGACUUCGACAUAUUCUACGCCCGGCACCGUGAGCUGCUGAACCAGGACGCAUGGAAGCGGUACUACUCGCCGACGUUCCUUAUGAGUGCACUGUCGGCUCGCUUCUAUCGCCUCCCCGACUUACGAGACCUACCGGACUCAAGCGACCCGCUCACCGCGCCACGAGAAAAAGGAAUCGGCCACUUCACCAAACUUCCUCGCUGGGCAUACAACGUUAUGCGGACGCACCGUAGACAGGCGACCCUCCCCGCCGAAACCAUCAAGCAGAUCGCCCUCUCCACCCUCCAGGAGACUAUCUCACGCCAGCGGGAGGAUUACCCCGAUCAAGUUCAACCGUACUCAGAGACGCAGGCCCUCUUCUGGCUCCAGUACAUGAAUAUAGAUGAUCCCGAGGCUGAAAUUCGUAGGGAGACAUGGUUUCCUAACCAGUUCGGCUAUGUCACCGCGCAGGGCUGGUACGAUAUGUGGGCGUGGGAAAAGCACUAUUCGCGAAAACGAUGGGAGGAGUCGAUGGGCGCCGUGCCGUUUCUCGAGCGGGAUUUAGAUGGGACGCGUAAGAGCGAGAUCUACUGGUGUGGGCUGCCGGAUGGCGGGACGGGUGCUAUGGCGUGGCAUAGAGGGUGGGACGCGGAGCUAGGGAGUGAAGAGGAGAUUGCGUUCCUAGCAGCUGUUGCGGCGAAAGAGACGGAGGGCAUCGAUGUGAGCAUGAGCCAUCUGGACUACGCAAUGCGAUCCCAUAUGCUUUUGGCGGUGCUGCGUGCUGCGUUCGAGACAGGGACGGAGAGGGGAAAAUAUAUAGACGAUGUGAAGCGGCGGAUAGUGGAGGCGGGUAGGAUUGAUGAGGAGAGCAAGGCCGAGCAGUGGAUUCGACAAGCGCUGAUGGUCAUGGAGCCGUAUGUGCAUAAGCGCCAUGAUGGGUGGCCUGCUGCUGUCGAGGAUCGGGGUGAAUUGCUCCGGCAGAUCGUAAUAGAAAAUGGGCAGCUUUUCGCAAGAUGGAAGGUUUGGCCUUCUUGCAAAGAGUUCAAGUUUGAGCUCAAAUCGAGGGUAGAAUAAUAGGGCACAGUGACUAGACCAUAGCGUCCAAUACUGGAACGCCGGGGAUAUGUAGGUGCCUGAUCCAAGCUGCCUGCCCCUGGUAUUGAUGGACUGCACCGCCUUCCCUCCAUUGGCAUGGAUCAGCUCAGCCUCGGC